UCAGAUAACUCGGAUUGGGGAAUCGGGAAUCCCCUCCUGUCUCGAAAGUGUGGAUCGGGCAGGGAACGACCGCACCGCCUCUCCUCUGCCAACUUUUUAUGGAGUUUUCCGCAGCUUUGACGCCAUCUCUGAAUCUCAAACCAUCGAUUUAUAGAAGAGAGAAGAAGCCCUCAAAGCCAUCUCUGAUUCUCUGACCUCAUGGGAACUCCGGAGACCUCGCGUGAGCCCUGCCCGGAUCGAAUCCUGGACGACAUCGGCGGUGCCUUCGGCAUGGGCGCCGUCGGUGGCUCAGCCUUCCAUUUCUUGAAAGGUAUCUACAACUCUCCUAAGGGUGAGCGUUUGAUCGGUGGCUCUCAGGCGGUGCGGAUGAAUGCUCCUCGCGUCGGUGGAAGCUUUGCGGUAUGGGGUGGUCUGUUCUCCGCUUUUGACUGUACCAUGGUCUACGUCCGCCAGAAGGAAGAUCCAUGGAACUCCAUCUUCGCUGGAGCCGCCACCGGUGGUUUCCUCCAGAUGCGUCAAGGGCUUGGUGCGGCAUCGAGGUCGGCUUUGUUUGGUGGGGUAUUACUCGCUUUGAUUGAAGGAGCUGGGAUCAUGCUCAACAGGGUUCUUAGUGCUCCUCAGAAUUUACCCCCGAUGGAGGAGUCUUUUCCCAAUAUGGCGGGUGCCCCUGGAUUUCCUAUGGGUCAGUUGCCAAAUACGGCUCCGACGUCUUUUGAGACUCCUACCGAGUCGUCGUCUUCUCCUUCAUGGUUCGGAGGGUUAUUCGGUGGCGGCAAGAAGCAGGAGUCUGGGUCAACCAGUGGUGGUGCUGGUGGAGGCAAGUCAGAAAUUUUGGAGAGCUUUGACACGCCGAGCACGCCGAUCCCUUCAUUUGAAUUCAAGUGAGACGAAUGAGAGGAAUUAUGUAGUGGAGGAUCUAAUCAUUGUUGAGGCUGAGGAAAUUUGGUUAUGGGCCUGUUUGAAAUAGUAGAAGUACAGAAGAUAGGAGGUGACAAUAAGCAUAGAAAUUUUAUUUGCAAGAAAGUGGUAGAAGUACAGAAGAUGGGAGGGGUAACAAUAAGCAUAUAAAAUUUAUUUGUGGGAAAUGUAUUCCAAUGGUUAAUUAGUUGGACUGGUGCAACUUCUCAAGUAACUCGUCUUACCUUUCCUUUUGUGAGCUUUCUUGUAACUUAUCUCUGCUUUGUGUUCUUUUUGGGGUUGGGAAGGAUGAAGAAACUUUACUGUUACAUCUAAUUCUUCAUUGUGAAUAGGAAGAAGUUGCCACCGUGCUUGAAGGUGGUUCUUGUCUUUCAAGAUAGAAUGGGGGCUGAAAGUCCGUGCAUAGCUAAUUACCUGAAAACAGAAAGAGGAGAAAUGGGGGAAAGGAAGACAAGCACAUGAGUUGUUUCAUGUGGAGAAUGUUCUUGGUGCUUGUCCUCUGAUCCAUCCAUGAAUUAUAAGAUCAAUGAAUUCUGUAUACUCUUUUCUUAUA